ACGGUAAACUAGUAAUGGCGCCUGAUUUCUGGUGUAAACAGUAAACAGCCUCUUCACAUUGACCAUGGAUGCUUUACGAAAAUGUUUACGCUUGGAAAUCACAUCUGUAUUUAGGCAACGGAUCUUAACUAAGAGAUUUUGGUCGUCAAAGCCUCCGGCAUCACUGACUUCUUUAAUUAAUUCAGCCUUAGAGAACUACAGGGACUUGCAGCUCGCACCACUGAAGAUUAAACGUUGCAGUAUAGGUGACAGUUUUUCAAGAGCGCAUCUUGAGUAUGAAUUGAUAACCGUCAAAGACAACAAUGACUUAGUGCUGUGUGAGAAUUUUUCGAAUAUUUAUUCACAAGGAUUUGAUGCAUUGCGUCGAUCUGUGGGCAAUGUUGGUGUUGGAUUCUUCGACUUGCCCACAGGGAAUGAAAGGAGUUAUUUCUAUGCCCUUUCUGCCUUGAGAGAUUUCCUCAUAGACUUAGAACACCAUGAGAUGUGUUUAAAGCAAAGACAUCCAUUUGGAGAUGCAUUUGACAAACAGCCAGAAGUUGUUGUUGCUGUUUUAUUGACAAAUCAUCUUCUAUCCCGCCUUGUAUAUGGUAACAGAUAUCUUAUAAGCAAUGACUACGAAGGACAACCAGUCAAAUGUCCAUGUCUGAAGCCAUUAGAUUGUGCAUCCCUUAUAUAUUAUGGACAAACAGGACUUGGAUGUGAGGAAAUUUGGUAUGGUCAUCCUGAUGUAGUUUUGGUUCCUCCACGCCUUUCAUACGUUCCACUCUGCUUUAUUAGUGAUGAUCCUGAGGAUGAAUUGAAAGAGGAUGAAGAAAUUCUCACAGAAGAUUGCCUGCAGGAGAAUUGUAGUUCGACUGACAGAUGUGAAGUUAAUGGUGCAAAAUUGAUAUUUGAAAAAUGUGCUGAACAGAUACUCAGUCAAGCUAUUACAGUUUCUUUUUGUGAAGGAAAUGUAGCUUUAACAGAUGGAGAAGGGUUGUGUGGUCCUACACUGGUGCCAUCAUUGGUUUUAACUCCUCUCCAUUAUUACAUUGUAAUGUAUGAUUAUGAAAAUGACAUAUUGUUAAGUAGUGGACAUCAACCUGCAUCAUUGUGGGAUGAAAGUGGAGUGAGAUUCAACUUGUCUGCUGUUUUGCAAAUUUGGAUGGUUCUCAAUCACCGGUUUUUUGGCCCAAAAUUAAAUGAUACACUUUUGAAAGACUUUUCCCAUAGUUGCAACUUUCAUAAAAUAUUGAAAGAGCUGCAGAUGUUUGAUAAAACAAAGGACAUAUCCUACAGUCCAUCAUUUAGACGAAAAGAAACAAAAGAUAAAGUGAACAAAAAGAAGCAUUUCAUGCUUUAUUCAGAAUAUAUUAAAAAAGUUGGAUAA